AUGGGUGUCGCAGCAGUAAUACGUGGAACAAACGAUGAGCAAAACCCAGGAAGAGACGAUUUUUCUGACCGCUACUGUUUCUCCGUUCGUUCCACGCCAUUUGAUGCGAUGUCCAAGGAAAUUUUACUCAGUUGUAGCAGUGUAUUGCUGCGCUCCAAUGAUCAGCGUCCUACGCCGGCAGCAGUUUCGCUGCAAUCGUCCGACUUAGCCCCGCCGACUCAAGUAUCCAACUGUGAACUUUUAUUUGUGCUGAUGAAGUUCGUUUUGUUUACCCGACAUAUAAUAAGCUGGGUCUAUCGAUACACCGAUGAAUUUCUCCGGCUAGAUUCAGCCUCCUUAGGGAAAAUACCGGCUGACAGAGAAAAACGAAAGGAAUGGAUACUGCGGCUCUUUCCUGUAUUCUAUGACGCCUUUGCGUUGAUCAACAAAGAGUUUGGUUUUGGACGAAGGUUUCGCGUCUGCGUGAGUUGGGAUGAAUGGAUGAUAAUGAAUACCAUCAAUUUGAUGCGUGGCAACUACAACUGUCAGGCUGAUGAAGCAAUCGUCCCUUUUUCACAAUACGAUGAAAAGGAGCUUUACGAAAGGGUGGGCAGAGGUCGAGGAAGAAUGUCCAGAACAAUACACAGAUUCAUGGAACUUUUCGGUGCAAGCAACACUCUCAGUCCCAGUAAGUUUGUAACUGGUUUUCGAUCAGCUGUUCUCUCAAGUCAGCUCACUUUUCAAGUUCCCUUAAGGAGGAGUCGAUUAGAAAUGCACCUCCUGAUCGGAUGA